ACCGGAAAAAGAGGAGCAAAGCCAUUUUGACCCGUUUUAUAUUUUUUUACUGCUUCGCCAUUCGUUUUGGUUUGUGUUCCUCUUAGACAGAUUGUUUCUCCGAGAUUCUUCCUGCCGCGAAAAAAGAAAGUAGAAAAUGGCUGACGGUGAGGACAUUCAACCCCUUGUCUGCGACAAUGGAACUGGAAUGGUUAAGGCUGGUUUUGCUGGAGAUGAUGCACCCAGGGCUGUGUUCCCAAGUAUCGUUGGCCGUCCUCGUCACACGGGAGUGAUGGUUGGGAUGGGACAGAAGGAUGCUUACGUUGGUGAUGAAGCUCAAUCCAAGCGUGGUAUCCUAACCCUCAAAUACCCUAUUGAGCACGGCAUUGUCAACAACUGGGAUGACAUGGAGAAAAUCUGGCAUCAUACUUUCUACAAUGAGCUCCGUGUUGCUCCCGAGGAGCAUCCCAUUCUCCUCACCGAAGCACCUCUCAACCCAAAAGCUAACCGCGAGAAGAUGACUCAGAUCAUGUUUGAAACUUUCAAUGCUCCGGCUAUGUAUGUAGCCAUUCAAGCUGUCCUGUCACUUUAUGCUAGUGGUCGAACUACUGGUAUUGUGCUCGACUCUGGAGAUGGUGUGAGCCACACGGUCCCUAUCUAUGAGGGUUACGCUCUUCCUCACGCCAUCCUACGUCUCGAUCUUGCUGGUCGUGAUCUAACAGAUGCUCUGAUGAAGAUUCUCACGGAGCGUGGUUACUCUUUCACCACAACAGCUGAGCGUGAAAUUGUCAGAGACAUUAAGGAGAAGCUCUGCUACAUUGCUUUGGAUUAUGAGCAGGAGCUUGAGACGGCUAAUACCAGCUCCUCAGUGGAGAAGAACUAUGAGUUACCUGACGGCCAAGUGAUCACCAUUGGAGCUGAGAGGUUCCGUUGCCCAGAGGUUCUUUACCAGCCAUCCAUGAUUGGUAUGGAGAAUGCUGGUAUCCAUGAAACCACAUACAACUCCAUAAUGAAAUGUGAUGUGGACAUCAGGAAGGACUUGUAUGGAAACAUUGUGCUCAGUGGUGGAACCACUAUGUUCCCUGGGAUUGCUGAUAGGAUGAGCAAAGAGAUCACUGCUUUGGCACCGAGCAGCAUGAAGAUUAAAGUCGUUGCACCGCCUGAGAGGAAAUACUCUGUCUGGAUUGGAGGGUCCAUCUUGGCCUCUCUCAGUACCUUCCAGCAGAUGUGGAUUGCAAAGGCGGAAUAUGAUGAGUCAGGCCCGUCCAUUGUUCACCGGAAAUGCUUUUGAGUCUGAAGUCAAGUCUGAUUCCGGAGAAGCCAUGGGGGUUUUCCAAUUCAUCCUUACUGGGUUUUAUCUUUGUUCUCUACUGCUAUUUGUACUUCUUCAAAAAUUUCAGAUUCUGGCCUAAAGACAUUUUGAAGCACUUACAGUAUCUUUUUGUAGUAUGGAUACUUUUUUACUCUUGUCAGUGAAUAAGAACACCUAUUUUCCUCAA